AUGGAAGAAUCGUUCGAAUCCGACGACGACCAAUCCAUCGACGUCGCGUCCAAAUCCGCCAUGUGCACAUCCUCCGAAGCCAUCUACCACGGUGUACCAUACAUCAGCCCCAAAUCCGACCAAUUUACCGGCGGCAACGAAGAAGAACGCGGCGGAAUACUCACCGGCGGAAAAGACCACGGCGGGAGGGCGGGCGGCGCGCGCGAGGGACGUGGAACUUCGGCGAGGGUGCGGCGGAGGUGCGGCGGGCGUCGACGAACCUCGACGAGGCUGGGCGGACGGCGGAGGGGCACGGAUCUGACGGAUUGCGGCGGCGGCGCGCGGGGGAAAACGGCGUCAUUGAGUCCUAUGCACUUCACACACGCUACACAGCCGGGUGAUGCCGCUUCCGUUGCUAGUACCCUGCAGAUCUUCUCUCUCAAACUCCAAGAGGUAAACCAGGAAGCUCUCGGGUCGAAUUGGCCACUGCGUGUGUACGGCACGGUCGCCGCCCGAGACACCGUGGAUCGCAACCGCAACAUUCUCUUCCACCGUGCGAGGGAAAAUUGCCAAAUUCUCACUCAGAAGGAUCCAUCUCUGCAAUUGACUGGCCCGUCUCGUGCAAUUGUUGCUAUAGAUCCUGUUGACUUGGAAAUCCAACUGAAAGUAAAGGGCAGCGGAAGAAAGGCAUCAGAAGAUAGGGUGCUGAUGCAUCAGACCUUCGUCUACGGCGGCGGUAAUAACGAGGUCACUCUGCCGAGUAAUGACCACUGCAAAAUCAUGCUACGGUGUGCCAAGUUGGAAAACACUGUCCAGGCAACUAUAGUGGCUGUCCGUGUUAUCAACUGGAGGAAGAGGGCAUGGCCUUUUAAACAUGGUGGUAAAGUUAGCUGUGUUGCCAAGGGGCCAAUUGUUAAACCUAAAGAAGAAGAGGAAGAGGUUGUACUUCAAGAUCAAGUGACUGCGGCUAGCACUGCUUCCCGUGAUGGUUACCUUGAUCUGUCAAGGCGUGUUGUUUCUGUUGAGUUAAACGGAGAGCUGAGGGUUAUCAUCCGUUCGCCCAAAUUCCGUGGCCAUGUCUUCUUCCCGGCCAAGGAAUGCAAGUCAAGCCGCGGCAUAUGUCAUCUUGGCCCCUAUGAGGUGGAGGUAACUGUUGCCUGGUCGCUGCUGAUUCGAGACAAGCGGUGUAUCUCGAGGAGGGAAGAAUGUGUGGAUGACGAUGUUCAGGCGUUCGAGCAUACAACAAAGUGGAUCCAGCGGAUGAAGGCAACAUUGAAGAGCCAGUCGGCCACGAAGAUCUACUCCUUGCUCGAUCUUAUCUCCAAGAAUGCCAUGAAGCUCAAAGCCGAGCCGAAGCUGAGGAUCAGCGACUAUAGCAUUAGCGAGGUCCAGAUCCACAUGAAUAACAUGUACAGAGACGUGACAAGUUUGCUGCUGAAGAUGGAGAACGUGCACAACAAAUACGGACCGAAUGCGCUCUUCAAUGGGUUGGACCAGUUCUGCACCUGGUUGGAUCAGAUGGGGCUUCUUAGUUACAAGCGUACCUUGAAAUCCCAAUCGUUCUCCGAGCUGUCCAGGGAGACUCUGGAGGCAGCCAAGGUGAAGGAUGAGGUGUCACCGAGGAUUUCCUCUUCCACAGACAUUAAAUUGGAGAUAGAUGAAGCCAACGAGAUGGGAGAGGAAGACGAAGAUAGCGAUAAGACACAGACUGAGGAGGAGUACUUUGAGUGGUACCGCCAGGGCUGGGUAUUGAGUUGGUCCAUAUUUUGCGGUAGCUUCACAGAGACGACAUCAUUGAGUCCGAUGCACUUUACACACAGUACACCGGGACACCGCCCACGUGGUGCUUUGGUCGAUAGCACUCUGCAGAUAUACUCCAUCAAAGUCACAGAUAUAGAAGAUGAUUCUGGCUUGAACUGGCCGCUGCAAGUGUACGGCGUGGUUGCUGCAAGAGACACGGUGGAUCGCAAUCGCAACAUUCUCUUCUCCCGUCAGAGGAAUAACUGCCAAAUACUCACUCCAGAGGAUCCAUUUUUGCGCCUGACUGGUCCGUCUCGUGCAAUUGUGACUGAACCUGCUUAUGUGGAAAUCGAGCUGAAAGUGAAGGGCACAACAAAGUCUGAAGAUAGUGUGUUGAUGAGACAUCGCUGGUACUACAGCAGCAGUUAUCAAGGGUUACGCACUCUAUAUACCCCUCUGGAAGGAGACUACUGCACAAUGGUGUUAAGCGCAGAGACACUUGGAGCCUCAGUCCAGGCAACCAUCGUGGGUAUCCGUGUCCGUGUUCCUGAAGGGAGCCCAAACCCUUUUGAGUAUGGCGGCCGGGUUGUUUGCUCCUCUCUGCCUCGGAGGAAAGGGGAGUUGCCUGAUUCUGAACACAUUGCUGCUGACCCCUCGUUUCGGCAAGUCGUGCUUCAAGAUGGAGCAAUGACUACUUGUUCAAAGGGUUACCUUAAUCUAGCAAGGCAUGUCGUCUCUGUAAAACUACGGGGAAAGCUUGAACUUGUGAUAGAAGCCAGAUCGCGAUGUGGGGCUAUGGCUGGUCAGGUAGUAGUAUCCAUCGAUGCCCAGGAGUGCAAUAUAACCGAGAAUAUAUGUCACAUUGGCGACUCUGAGCUGGAGAUCACUGUUGCUUGGUCCCGUCUUGUUGAGGACAAGGCGUUUGUCUCGACGUUAUGAAAGAAGUUGUAUUUUCAUUUAGUGUUUCCAGUAGCGUAUGGAUUGAUGUCAUCUACAAAUAUCUGUAUGUCGUAUAUAUUAUGCAAUGCGAAGUAAAUCGUCAUUUGUGUAUC